AUGACCCAACUCAAUGGCGUAUCGUUGAGGGAUUUCCGUCUCACUGGGAAACUGUUAAAAAAGAUCGACUUGACAUGCCUGACGACGCCAAUGAGCCGACUACAGUAUCUGGCCGUGGACUACGACGAGACGGACGGCAAGUGUUACGUGUACGUGUCGGACGCGGCCAAUCGGGCGGUGGUCGCAUACGACUUGGUCGAGUCGAAGGGAUGGCGGGUGUUGUUGCCCAAGGAGAUCGCGGCGGGGUGCACGAAGCGUGACGUGCUGUACGCGACACUCGUCCGGGCAGAGUGUGGCGGCGGCGCGGCGGCACUGAUCGUCACGUACUUGUCCGGCGCCAGGGCGUUUACGGUUCGAGCCGAGUAUCUGCGCAGAGGUUCUGCAGGAAAAGUGACCGACUUAGGCGUCAAACCGGACAAAAUGGUGAUUUUGGGCACGGACGGUGGCACGAAAGUGUUCUUCCGGUUCGACGGUUCACCCGACGUGCAGAGCUGGGACUCAACUCGACCGUUCUCCGUAGAAAAUUUCUCAUCUGUCUAUCGGUCUGGUCCCUGCUUCCUGUCCACCCAAGUGAUGGCUGACCGAGACCGGAAUCGGCUCUUGGUGCUCGAGACGAACUUCCCGGAUUUUGCACAGAACAACGUCGGCUGUGGAAUCGUGCACAACGUUCGCGUGCUCGAAGGGUGUUUUUAAUAGUCGCUCUCGUGGUUSUUUUAACCACGUGAUCAAGUCUGCGUCAAGGACGAACGAAGUCGCUGACGACUUGUG